CACGACACCCCGAGGACGGAGAGAGGCACGGGGGGGAGGAGAGACUACUGCUGAAUGGUGUGAGAGUGAGUGGAGAACUUAAAAAAGUCUGUAAAAGAAAGAGAGGUUCCGCUCUGGCGUUAAAUUUCUGUCAAAGAAGUGAAGGAGCUUUGCGGUGGAGGGAUGUCAAACAGCGACGAAGAUGCGGUUGAGACGGAGUAAAGAGCUCACGGACAGUUAGCGAGAGAACUUGUUCAAAGAGAGAGAAAGGCUUUUCGGCUGGCUCGGCUCGGGACGGUUGGCCGUUUUCCGCCGCAACUUAAGCAGAUUUCAGCGCUGCGAAUUUACGGCAAGAGAAGCGAGGACCAGCAGCGAGGGUCCUGACCGCUCAGCUCCGUUGGAAAAAGAGAGCCGUUUGGUCGGUUUGGUCGGUUGGCGGAGAGCCGGAGAAACGGACCGAGAGAGCGCGGCGACUCUAAAGGAGAGAGCCGCUGAAGCACUUCGCUCCAAAAAAAAAAAAGUUUGCCGUGUAUCUUCACCUAGUUUUCCAGAUUGGGAACUCGAGGGGGAGGAAGAGGCCGAGAGACUGACUUUUCUUUCCACAAGCAACUUUCGUGGAAUUCAUCUUUUGUUUUUUAGUUGUUUUUUUUUCAGCAACUUUAGCUGUCUUGCGUAGCAGCUAAAGCAGAGAGAAUGAAAACACCGGGAGACAGUGGGUUUGCCUUCCCAGACUGGGCUUACAAGCCUGAGUCGAGCCCCGGGUCCAGGCAGAUCCAGCUGUGGCACUUCAUCCUGGAGCUGCUGAGGAAAGAAGAAUAUCAUGAUGUCAUUGCCUGGCAGGGGGACUAUGGCGAGUUUGUCAUAAAGGACCCAGAUGAGGUGGCCCGACUUUGGGGGGCCAGGAAGUGUAAACCCCAAAUGAACUACGACAAGCUGAGCAGGGCACUGAGAUACUACUACAACAAGAGGAUCCUCCAUAAGACCAAAGGCAAGAGGUUCACCUAUAAGUUCAACUUCAAUAAACUGGUCUUGGUCAACUACCCCUUUAUCGACAUGGGUUCUACUGGAAGCAGCGUUCCUCAGAGCGCCCCUCCCGUCCCAACCGGUGCAGGGACUCACUUUCGCUUUCCACCUUCAACCCCCUCUGAAGUCCUCUCGCCGAAUGAAGACCUACGCAGCCCUGGUGGGAUGUUCAGCUCGGUGGCCCGGCGAAUGGCUCGUGGCUCCGUCAGCGACUGCAGUGAUGGCACCUCAGUCAAUUCUGAGAUCGAGGAUGGCAACACGGGAGCAGGAGAGGAGAGGGGAGAGAGGGGUGUGAGUGGAGCAGGAGAAAGAGGACCUGGUGGAGGAGGAGGUUACCGAAGUAUCAUCCAUCCCCGUCUAUCUCAUGAAACCCUGUUCCGGAUGUAUGGAGGAGCAGGAAACCCUGCCGGGCACCCAGGCUCCCGUGGCCCCACAGGGCACCGGAUCCAUCCAGAGCCCCUGUCGCCCUUCCCUGUAUCCCCUCUGCCGGGCCCGGGAGGAGCCGGCCUCCUGGCCCCUCCUCUGUCUCCAGCGCUCUCCAUGACCCCAACAUCUCACCUCCCCUACACUCCCUCCCCUACCCUGUCACCCAUGUUAGGCUCCCACUUCUCCUUCAACCCAGAAGACAUGAAGCGCUACCUGCAGGCCCACACCCAGUCGGUUUACAACUACGGCCUGAGCCCCAGAGCUUUCCUCCAGUACCCCAACAUCGUCAUCCCUCAGCCCCACCGGCCCGCUGCAGACAAGGCGGGUCUGGUCGAGCGAGGCGAGAGAGGUGAGAGGGCAGCCACAGCAGGGGGAGGAGAGAGGGGAGGGGAGCGGCACCACCAUCCACCUCUGGCUCACUCCGCCCACCACCAUCCACAUCCACCUCACUCUGCCCACCCUCACUCGCAUUCUCAUCCCAUGCAUCACCCACUCCACCUGGGUGAGGAGCCGCCACACAUGUCUCCCUUCAAGUUCAAGCUGCAGCCACCACCGCUUGGCAGGAAGCAGAGGGACAGUCAAAGCCAGGGUAAACCUAGGCAGAGCUCCAUGUCUUCUGGCUCAGGGUCUGGGUCCAUGUCGUCGACCUCUGGCCUGGGGUCCUCGCUGUCGUUUGGCAGCGACCUCAGCUCAGCCAGCGGCUCAGGCAUCAUCUCUGCCUCCUCUUCGACACAGUCCUUAAACAGUGCAGGACUUCCCAAGAUAAAGGUUGAGCCAAUCUCCGAUAUUGAGUCAGAGGAAGAGGUGGAGGUGACCGACAUUAGUGAUGAGGACCCAGAUGAGAGAGAUGAAGAUUUUGAGCUCUUCUCCCCUCGCCGCCCGAGAGCACCUGACCACCACCACCACCACCGCCUUGCUAACGGCUCAACUGUGGCCCAACACCAACCCCAUCCUGAUGAGGACCUGGACGAGGACGUCUUCAAAGCCCCUGCUCCGCCCCCACCUGGCCUGAGUCCCUUCUUCACCUCACAUCACACACACUCCAAUGUGCAUCGUCUGCUGCCCACCCUCAAGACUGAACCCGUCGAACCAGGGGAUGGUAACACACCCCCACCUCAGACAGGCUCAUCGGGGGCUCCCCAGACGAAGUGCAUCCCCCUCAAGCUGCGCUUCAAGAGGCGCUGGAGCGAAGACCAGCGCAUGGAGGCCUCACAAGAGGAGUCAGACGACAAGAAAGUGCGACCGGAGGAGGAGCGGGAAAGAGAGAGGCAAAGUAAUGGGCGGAUGGAGAUGGAGGAGGACGGGACAGGCAGCGGAGAAGGGGACAGUCCUCCCCCAUUGUCGUAUGAGGGCUCUUUAGCCACGCCGCUGAGGGUGAGCGCUGAGCUGCAUCGUGCCACUGCACAGCUGUCUCUGGAGAACAAAGACUGCUGAUGAGAGACACAGCUCAAACACUACUGCUCCAGUAGCACUGGAGGUGGUACAGGAGUAUGUAAAUGGUUCCUCUGUAAUCCUUCUCCCACACUGACAAACUAGAUUCCUGAAACCUCCAGUGAACUGAGAGCACAGUCCAACAUACACACAUAUAAAACCAACACCUCAGAGACAGCCUGACUCUUGUUCUGUCAGAUUCCCCACCAGUCCUCUGUCUGGAUCAGGGCUCUUCUGGGACACAUCCUUUGGGAGGUGGGACUCACUCAGACCCAGCCAUCCCAGGCACGGCGACUUUUAACAGGGCUGAAAUCAGAGUUCACCUCCCACCUGGCCAGUGAAGCUCCAGACGCCCUGCCCCAGUAGCACAGCUCCUGCCGUCAGGCCCCAUCAGUUGAAUCAGCAGCCAGUCAGCACUUUCCUCAGGGGACACACACUCCCUUACAGCCCAGCAACACACCUAGGAUGACAAUGUGCACACUCCUCCCCUAUGUUACUUUUCUUAUACGCUGAUGGGACUUUGAUAAGUGCCUGUAUCUAAAACCCACAGCCCUGGUGUGAUGUGGAAGAGGACUGCUAAGAGUAAUCAUUCUUGAACUCAUGUAACUCUUUAUAAAAGUUUGGCAGUUACUGAAAAAUCAUGGGGGGUGGGAAAGGAAAGUGUGUCUCCAAGAUUGAAGAGUGGGGCUGUUGGGUGUUGACUCUUAAACCUGGCCCACUCCACUCAGGGAAGCCAUUUGCUGUAUGUUUAUUGGAAUCAUGCACACACACAUAAGCAAAAAAAAAAAAGAAAAAAAAAAAAGUAAGGGGACUCACAGUCGCAGCAUUGCGUAUGGACACUUAAAAAUGUUCACUGCAACCCACGACUGUACACACAUUUUACACACACACACACACACACACACACACACACACACACACACACACACACACACACACACAGACUUUGACUCUGGCACACUGUUCUCUCAGAGCUUUUGACUUUUGUAUAUCCUUCCUCCUGUCUCUCUCCUGUCCUGCCUCCUCUUUCUCUUGCGGACCACCUGUGGAAAGAUCAUGACUCCACUCACAGAAAUAAUUUUAACCCAAGGGAGAUGUGAGAAGAAUAAAGAAGUACUUCUUCGUAGAGGAAGCACUGCUAAGGGGAGGACAAGGGGGAAGGCAGCAGAGGGGAAGGAAGGGGUUUUGAGGGGUUUCCGGUAACUGUUAACUAGCCUUCUUCUCACCUCACCUAACGCGGCUUGUAUACUGAAAAGAGUUCCUCUCAAGUCCCAGCAUCCUAGUUCACCAGCUAAAGCUCCUCUAACAAUCAUAGAUAGUGUUAAACUAAACCAGCAAAGACACAUACACACAAACACAUGCACAACACUGCCUUUAGCUGUUAAACGUGCUCCCUCCAUCUCCCUCUCUCUGUCUGGACCACCAGCUCUCCGUGUAGUGGCAUCAUCCUCAGGUCCUGAGAGAGUGUGUGAGACUGCCAGGCCUGUUAACUACAUGAGUGUGAGAGCCUGAGAGAGCAGGGGACAUCUUAGACCUCACACACACACACACACACACACACACACACACACACACUGCCUCUCUAUGCCUUGUUUUUAUAGCAUGUAUAAAAGUGCGAACUGAGCUCUAAUAACACACAUACAGACUAUAUCUUUAUAUAUUCUAAUGAAAUUAUUGAGAAAGUGAGAUUUUAAAAGAAACCAUAGCAUUUAAAUUAUAUGAUUGAUUCAGGAUUUUUUGUAAAUGGAUUAUUUUGAGUGGUAGGAUGUUUGUCAUGCUGCUCGCUUCAUGGUAUGGAAGGUGGGUGUGCAGAAAACGAAGAGGGGUAGGGGUGUUUCUUGUACAUUUGUUUCAUAGACAGACAAGCCAGAGAAAAAAAAAGCACACACAAGCCAGUCCACAAGACCAAGACCGACAAGAAAAGAACAAAAAGGAAACAGGACUGGAACAGACUGCUCAUGAAUCAGAUGUGUGGCUCUCUCUGCUGUUCACUUCAUUUGCAGUAGCUUGCCCUUUCAUCAUGCAGCACUCUGCUAUUUCCUGACUGUACAGUCUAGCUCGGCUCUGUGGGGUUCUCCCUGGCCAGAGCUGUCCUGGCCCCAGGCCACCUCUCCAGGCUCUGUGUGUUUGUGUUUGUGUGUGUGUGCUUGUGUGUGCGAGUGAGAGAGCGAGAGAGAGAGAGAGAGAGAGAGAGGUGGGGGUAUGCUCAGAAUUAGCUCAUGGGUUAUUAGUGAAGUAGUAAUCUUUUCUGCCUGUUAGCAUAAUGCUCACUUCACAGCAGCUCUGGAUUGUGGCAAAGAGAGAGAGGGGGUUUCAAUCAUUACUGUAAGAUAGCCUUUAAAAGUCUAGAGCUGCAACUAAUAUUCAUUUUCAUUGUCGAUUAAUCUGUUGAUUAUUUUCUUGGUUAAUCGAUAAGUUGUUUGGUUUAUGAAAUGCCAGAAAAUGUCCCAAGAUGACAACCCCAGAUAUCACUAUUCAAAUAACUUCAUUUUACUGUCACCGAGGAGUAAAGACACCAGUAAUAAUCACAUAAACGAAGCUGAAAUUUUCUAUGUUUUCUUUCUUAAAAAAAUGACUCAAAACAGAUUCAUCGAUUUAAGAAAAUAGUGCUGGCAACUAAUCGAUCACGCGUUGCAGCUCUAGCAAAGUCAGUCAUGCAAGGCCCGUCCUCAAACUAUGCACAUUCACACCUACACAGUUAAUUUGUGAUUAUGCUUCAACAUCCCGGACCUUUUUUUGGUCUCAGCGGCCAGGUCACCCAGGCGUCUGAUUGGCUAACAGAGCCGUGUUGACCAGUGGCCUGUCUGUCCCUGCCUGGCCGGUCAACAAGACGGAUCUAUAGCAGCGAACUGUGAGAUAGAUGGCCUCCAGGCGGUCUGUGUAGCUGAGCUGAUUGAAUUUCCUCAUCAGACCCCUGUGGUCUGGACUGGAGCAUGUCACAACAUGCACAGACUCUCUCUCUCUCUCUCUCUCUCUCUCUCUCUCUCUCUCUCUCUCUCUCUCUCUCUCUCUCUCUCUCUCAGACACAGCCACGCACACACACACACACCCUUAUCCCCACCAAGUCCUGUGUCUGUAUUUGAACUGACCGCUGCCUUACUACUACUUGUCAUAUCUCAGCAUCAGAUGAGGCAUCAGUCUUACCUGCUCUGCACUCUUUUUCUCUCUUCUCUCUGUUUCCUCGCUCGGUUUCAGGCAUUGUCUGACUGCCUGGUAACCGUAGCGUGAUCUGACUCGGUCAUGAUAUUGCAGGGUAAAUAGGAAAAAAAAAGAUUGAUUGGACUCUGAUUGUAACACAGGCUCUCUCUCAUCCUGUUUCAUCAAAGAACGGUAGAUAAACAGCACAAAGAUUACAUUUCUCUAUCAAAAGAAUAAAGAUUUCUCAGUUUUAUUUUUCUGAUGUCAAUAUUGCUAUUGAUUAUUGUUGUUCUUCUUAUUGUUCUCAUUGGGUUAUUUACCUCUCCACCUGGCAUUAUUGUUAUUCCAUGGAUCUGUUAACUGUUGCUUUUUAUGUUGUGUACAUCUCUUUGGAUGAUGUGAACUCUCCUCCCCAGAUUUCAUUCCCUGUUUCAGACUUUAAAGCCCCCCAAACCUAGAGACCUUUUUUCGUCUUUAGUUUUUACAAAUGUAAUAUAACUAAAAUGUGUAAUAUUAAUUUUGAUGCUGACAGAGAAAUAACACCGGGGACUGAGAGGGAAGGGCAGCGGCGGAGGAUUUUAUUUGGGGGCAGAGUGAUUUUAUCUUUUUGUCAUGUAUUGUAAUUUUUAUUUUAUAAUGUUUCAUUUUCUCUCUCUUGCUCUUGUAUAUUUUUUCUUGUUUUUUUGUUUUUGUUUUGUUUUUUUGAGGGGGGGUUGUAUCAUUUUAAAAGAAGAAAAAAGAUGUGUAUUGUUUGACUGUGUAAAGGUCUAUCUUCUCCCUCUUUCAGUCUCUUUUCUUUCGCCUCGUCUCCCCCGAGCAGUUACAUAACACUCAGAUGGAGAGAUGAGAGUUAAUACCAUGAUGUAACAUUGAAUUUCUCCACUUCUUUCGUGUUUUUUUUUUUCCAAACUUGUAAUUAAGCUGUAAUCAGGGUUAAUUAAAACUGGUUAAAACCCAAUAUGAAUAUC